AUGGCAUCAUCCUUCACAAAAAUCAAUCCAAAUGCAAUCACCAUUUCUCUAAUUUUGAUUCUCUCUUUCACAAUAUUGCCAACAACAACAUUGGCUCAACAGCAGCAAUGUGAUUCGGCUUCCAAAGGAGGAUGUCACGACAAGGCCAAAUCCUUACAGCUAAAGCUCAUUGCAAUCUUUUCAAUCUUGGUUGCUAGCAUGAUUGGAGUAUGUUUGCCAUUGUUUUCACGUAUGAUUCCUGCACUUAUGCCUGAUAGAGAUUUAUUUGUAGUGGUAAAAGCAUUUGCUUCUGGUGUUAUCCUAGCCACCGGGUACAUGCACGUCUUACCGGACUCUUUUAACGACUUGAUGUCUGAUUGUUUGCCGAUUAAUCCUUGGAAGAAGUUUCCUUUUACCACUUUUGUUGCCAUGUUGUCUGCUAUACUGGCUCUCAUGGUCGAUUCUUUCACUAUGAGUUACUAUAAGAAACUUGGUGGUUCUGAUAACAAAGGUGGUGAGAAAAAUGGGGAGACAGUGUUAGGGCAUGUUGAAAAUGGUGGUGCAGUACAUGUUGGACAUAGCCAUGGAAUUAAUUAUGGGGCUAACGGCAAGGAUUCAAUAUUGUUGAGGAAUCGCGUUGUGGCUCAGGUUUUGGAAAUCGGCAUUGUAGUGCACUCGGUGGUGAUCGGUUUAUCAAUGGGAGCCUCUGACAAUCCAUGCACAAUCAGGCCACUCAUUGCUGCUCUUUGCUUCCAUCAACUCUUCGAAGGAAUGGGUCUCGGUGGAUGCAUUUUACAGGCGGAAUAUGGAAUGAAGAUGAAAGCAAUCCUCGUGUUCUUCUUCUCUACAACAACUCCAUUGGGAAUUGUACUGGGAAUUGGUUUGUCAAAUGUGUAUAGUCAGAGUAGCCCUACAGCUCUAAUUGUUGUGGGAAUACUGAAUGCAUCGUCUGCUGGAUUACUGAAUUACAUGGCACUGGUGGACCUCUUAGCAGCUGACUUCAUGGGGCCUAAACUCCAAGACAGUAUGAGGCUUCAGGUAGCUAGAUUAGUAAGUGCAUUUCCACUUGCUCUAAUCCGGUCUGCACCUGCUGGUCUUCCAUCAAAUCUUCAAACACUAGCCAGGUUUAAGGCCAUAGAGUUUGACAAAACAAGACGUGAAUUUGUUGCCGCAGAUUUCCAAUCUCAAUGCAAGUGA